CUAGGCUCCUUUAAGGCAGGCUCAGUCGCUGGGCCCCCACCCCCGGGGGGGGACUGUCUCUUUAAAAGGCUGUAUCUUGUCCUGCAGCUGCUCGGGGGCGGGGGGCGAUGACCAUUGUUUCUGGCCGGGGUGAUUCUGCCCCCUCCCCUUCUCCUCCUUCUCCGCCCUUCCCCCUCCUCCCUCUUCCUCCUCUCCACCCCUCUCUCCCUCUCCCUCUCCCUCUCUCUCUCUAGCUCUUUCCCUCUCCCUCUCUCUCUCCCUCUCGAGCUCAGAGGCUGAGAGAGAGCGCGCGGCGUCGGAGACGCGGAGCUCUAUGUAGGCUCUUGCCCGCUGCAUUGGUGCACCCGCCUCCCGGGCACACGCACACCUACCUAGAUUUAAUUGGCAAUUAAACUAGUGGUGGGGGAAAGAAAAGAAAGGCAGGAGGACAAGAUGGCUGAGCUAGGCAGUAAGGGAGUGACCGCGGGGAAAAUAGCCAGCAACGUGCAGAAGAAACUCACCCGUGCGCAGGAAAAGGUCCUCCAGAAGUUAGGGAAGGCAGAUGAGACUAAGGAUGAACAAUUCGAGCAGUGUGUCCAGAACUUCAACAAACAGCUGACAGAAGGGACCAGGCUGCAGAAGGAUCUCCGCACCUACUUGGCAUCUGUCAAAGCAAUGCAUGAAGCAUCGAAGAAGCUAACAGAGUGUCUGCAGGAGGUGUAUGAGCCAGACUGGCCUGGGAGAGAAGAAACAAAUAAAAUAGCAGAAAACAAUGACCUGCUAUGGAUGGAUUACCAUCAGAAACUGGUGGACCAGGCGCUUCUGACCAUGGACACUUAUCUAGGCCAGUUUCCUGACAUCAAGUCUCGAAUUGCAAAGCGUGGGAGGAAGUUGGUGGACUAUGACAGUGCCCGCCACCAUUAUGAGUCUCUCCAGACCGCCAAAAAGAAGGAUGAAGCCAAAAUUGCCAAGCCUGUCUCGCUGCUUGAGAAAGCUGCUCCCCAGUGGUGCCAAGGGAAACUGCAGGCUCAUCUCGUAGCUCAAACUAACCUGCUCCGAAACCAGGCUGAGGAGGAGCUCAUUAAAGCUCAGAAAGUAUUUGAGGAGAUGAAUGUUGACUUGCAGGAAGAGUUACCAUCUUUGUGGAAUAGCCGUGUUGGUUUCUAUGUCAACACAUUCCAGAGCAUUGCUGGCCUUGAAGAGAAUUUCCACAAGGAGAUGAGCAAGCUGAACCAAAACCUGAAUGAUGUGCUGGUGAGCCUGGAAAAGCAGCAUGGCAGUAACACAUUCACUAUCAAGGCCCAGCCAAGCGACAAUGCCCCCACGAAAGGGAACAAGAGCCCCUCACCACCACCCGAUGGUUCCCCAGCUGGCACCCCUGAGAUCAAGGUCAACCACGAGCCUGAACCAGCCAGCCUGGAUACUCCUGGGGCUGCCAUCCCCAAGUCGCCGUCUCAGCUUCGAAAAGGUCCACCAGUCCCACCGCCUCCCAAACACACUCCGUCCAAGGAAAUCAAGCAGGAGCACAUUAUCAGCUUGUUUGAUGACAAUUUUGUCCCCGAGAUCAGCGUGACCACCCCCUCACAGUUUGAUGCCCCUGGGCCUUUCCAGGAAAAUGCCAGCCUAUUGGAUCUGGACUUUGAUCCCAUCCCACCAGUCGCAAGCCCUGUGAAGGCACCUACACCCUCUGGUCAGUCAAUUCCAUGGGAUCUCUGGGAGGCUGCAGAGAGUCCAGCUGGCAGCCUGCAGUCUGUGGAGCAGGGCCCUGCUGAUAGCGCCACCGAAGAGGGCGCUUUUCCCGUGGUCUGGCCCAGCCAGACCGCAGAGCCUGGGCCGGCCCAACCAGGAGAUGUGGCAGAGGCUGGCGGGACGAAACCAGUGGCAGCACCCGAAGGAGCCAAAGAGACGGCGGCAAGUGAAGGGGCCUCUAGCUCCCUGCCUGCUGUGGUGGUUGAGACCUUCCCGGCCACUGUGAAUGGAACUGUAGAGGGCAGUACUCCCCCUAAGAGGUCUGACCUGCCCCCAGGAUUCAUGUUCAAGGUCCAGGCACAGCAUGACUACACAGCCACGGACAGCGAUGAACUACAGCUGAAGGCUGGUGAUGUUGUGCUGGUGAUUCCCUUUGAGAAUCCAGAGGAGCAGGAUGAAGGCUGGCUGAUGGGUGUGAAGGAGAGUGAUUGGCACCAGCAUAAGGAGCUGGAGAAAUGCCGAGGCGUUUUUCCUGAGAACUUCACGGAAAGAGUUCAGUGAGAGCUAGAGCCAUCAGUCUUCUUCCAAGGGGCGUGAAGCCACCUCCCACCCCCCUCUCCACAAAAAAAAAAAAAAAAAAAAAAAAAAUGUGUUUUACUGCGAUUUGUGUUAGUUGUGUAAUGUGGAUAAGGGUAAGACGACAGAAGAAGCAGAAAAGAAGAGAAGAAGAAGAACUAAGGCUGAAAAACUUAACAGAUGACAAACAAAAAUUGGAACAGUUAAAAUGAAGUUUUAAAAAGUGUUAUUUUGCAGCUGAUAUGUAUCCCUGUAGUUGAGUUCCAAGGCUGAAAUAUCCCUACUCAGUUCUCAGUAGCAUGUGAGCCUUGAUCAGGAAAUAACCCACUGGGGUGAGAGAGUGACCUUGUUGAAGACAAACAGCAAGGGGAUACUCAGACCAUCGUGCUUAUCUGUCACCAUGGCCCGUCCCAUGGUGAACAUCCUCCAUCCUUCCCAGCAACUGCUGUUGGCAUGGGUAUUGACAAGCAGCUCCCCAUCUAAUCUUGGCUUCAAAGAUCCUCCUUCGACCCCACUGGCCAGAACACGUGUUGGGCUGUUUGACAAUAAAUACUAGUGUACAGUGUUAAAUGAAAA